AUGUGUUACUAUGGUGGAUACUAUGGAGGCCUGGGCUUUGGCUAUGGAGGCCUAGGUUGUGGCUAUGGUGGUGGCUAUGGUUAUGGCUGCUGCCGCCCACUGUGUUGUAGAAGAUAUUGGUCUUAUGGCUUCUGCUGA